AACUCUGCUUAAUCAGAAGCCCUGCCCUUUCAUGAGUUCAACAAAAUACAGAAUAAAGUUUUGGAUGCAAAUGCUGAACGUAGGAUGGCUAUUGCACUCUCGCGUUCAAAAGCCAAUGAGAGGCGGUCAAGGCGCUGGCACUUGCGAUCCAUGCACAGCCCCAUGGAUAGCCUCAUGCAUAGAUACGGCGUGGUACUUGGUUCACAAGUACGCCUAGCUCAACAAACUUCACUUCGAAAUUUCUCUUCAUGUCUACAAACUAACUCCACGACAAGCCGUCCGUCUACAUUCGCACUGGAAGAUGAAUCAUUGCGACUCUGGCUUUCCCAGCACUGCUUGAUCACCGCGAGACUCUAUGUCUCACUCGACAACUAAUCAAGUCAUACCUCGCAAGGCUGUCCCGACCACUGCUUAUACACCGUUGAAUUAUUCCGAGAAUGUCGAACAUCAGAGAAGUCAUGAGACAAGCCCAACAGACAUCCGGAAGGAACAUCGUCCUAAGGGUGAGGUCAAAGAACCCUUUCUUCAGAGCCAAAGCCAUUCUCUAAGGGAUGGUGUCUCGCCAGAGAAACUCGUCAAAUGGGGGAUACAUUGGAGUACGCCAGUUUUCAUAUUGAUUUCAGUUCUAGCGGGUGUCGGGUUUGCUUUGGGUCAUCACUUCUACUAUGCAUCGUUGGAUGGCACGACUGCUGGGUCCUCGUCCCGUCAACAAUGGUCGACAAGAUUCGGCACAGCCUUCGCAUUCUUGGUAGUUGCUGCUCUCAAGACCACAAGUGAUCUCAGUUACAAUCAGUACAUUUGGACACUUGUUCGUCGAAAAUCAUUCCCUCUUGGAUCUUUGGAUAAGAUGUUCUCCUUAACCUCAAAUCCAAUGGGGUUUCUCAGUUUCCAUCUGACCAGACAUGCAAAGAUCGGGGUCUUCAUAGCCCUGAUUAGUUGGUUGACAGCUCUCGCGGGUGUAACACCACCUGGUACCCUAUCUGUUGUCCCUAAUCUUCUCAACGAGACACGACUCACGUCUUUGGCUUCGCCAAAUUGGAAUUCCGCCGCAUUCUUCAAUAAUUUUACAUUAGUUGAGCCAUCCUUCAGAAUCAUGGCGAUGGCAACCCAAGUAGCUGACAGCAUGGCUAUCACGCCUUUGACGCCACCCCAGCCCAACUCCUCAUUUACGCUGAACUUCUACGGGCCGUCCUUGCAAUGUUCGGCUGCAAACAGCACCCAGCAACCCGCUUUCGACUAUUACACAAAUGCCAUCGGGGCAGGCGCGAACAGCAAUGGACAAUACCCUACCUUAACGAAGUCUACCUUCGAGAACGGAAAUCUCACUCUCAACUUCACUGGCGAGCAAGCCGGCCCCUACAUGGCUGUCCUAUCCGCAUUUGCGCCUUAUGAGGGCAGCCAAGGGUGGUUUAGAGGUGACACUAGUAAUACUUUGACUUACAGCCCCAUUUCGUCAAGCCAGACUGAUCAAUACAACAAUUGGGAUGUUGAUUUUCCGUUCAACGACGUAGACUUUGAACCCCAAUACACUCACACGCAACAACUAUGGCUCUUGACAUCAACGGAUCAAUACGUGUGCAUCUUGGGUAACGCAUCAUAUACUGCAGAGCUCGAAUUUACGAAUGGCGUUCAAACCAAAGUGGCAUAUACCACCAAUGACUUUGUUCCAAUCUACAUGAACGAGCCAGAAGGUAUUGGAGCCACCACUCUUCCAGCAGACACGCUCUCUUACAUGUCUCUCUUCAUUGCACUUACGAGUCUGAUCAGCGGAAAUGUCACGCUCGGCACUACGCCGCCGUACAACACACUUCCUGGAUCCACAAGUGUCAAUAUGCAAAUCUGGGAUUCUUCCAGUAGAUCACUCAUGACUGGGCUCAGCGCUUGCGAUGACUUCACGAACAACUUUUUCAUCAACAACCCAAUUGCUAUUGGUGGCAACGAAAGCACCGCCAGAGAAACACCAGUUUUCUGGAACUCCUCGCUCAACGAUAGACACGAUCUCCCCUUAGUGGGCGCACAGGACCUCUUCAAUAAACCAGACUGGAUGUGUCGGAAUCGAAGCAUCGCACUUGCCGUAGAGGACCUCGCAGGUAAUAUCACUAUGAGCAUGCUGAGUUCUUCUGACCUCACAUCUCAAAACUCCACAAACGUGCCUGUGUUAUAUGCUACUACUCGCAAUGUAUACCAAUACAAUUCUCGAAACCUCAUCAUUUCCUACAGCAUAGCCAUAUUUUUCGCGCUCAUCUCUCUCUGCGUUGGUUUUUAUAGCGUCCUAGCGAAUGGUGUUGUUCAUUCCACCGCCUUCUCCGCUAUGAUGGCGACGACUCGUAACUCGGAGCUGGAUAUGCUAUCGACGGGACACUCUUUGGGUGCUGUUCCACUCGCCACUGAGAUGUCUGGAGUGAAAUUACGAUUUGGGGUGUUAGUGAAGAAUGGAGUGGUAGAGGAAGAUCGGGAUGGUGCAAGGCAUAUAGGGUUUGGAUUUGAAGAGGAUGUCUUGCAAUUGAGGAAAGGGGGAAAGUACUUUUGAGAGAUUUACGGCGAUAUGAGAAGCGCUUUCCAUGGAAGUAAUAAGAAACCAUAUUAGGUUUUCUACGACGAUGCCUCUCUUUUACCACCGUCAAUUGUUGUUGCCCAUGUCCCGAUACGAUGUUCCUCAAUGCCGCCCCAUGCAAGACCGUCAAAUAAGGUUAAAUUUAAGGUUGUGUAGGGGGCGGGCCGCGAUCUUAGCAAGCGACCAUAAGCAUUAAUGAAGGUCUAGACUUGGCC